AUGGACCAAGAUAUAUCCCAGACGUACAAGGUGGCCGAUAUACGCUCCCGGAAGUUCCUCUGGUAUCGACUACAUGUAUAUGUCUACGACCUCCGCAACUUCAAGACAGACAUCGCUGCAAGGGAUCGGCUCGAUAGUAUUGUGGACAUCACCUACCUAGGCAAACCGUAUUUCAACGAAGAGGAAGUCGAGAUCCUUAAAAAUACCACCUCUAAUAGCAGCGGGAGUGAGACUCUUGCUCAGAAAAUUGAAUCUACUCUAGACGAACGGUUGAAUCGCCGCAUUAAAAAGCGCGUGGAGAGUAGCGACUUUAGGGUCUGCGCUGCUCACGACCUAGCACCUAUAUUUGAAGCUGUUUUUGAUAUACACCCAAAGAAGCUGGCUAAGAACUUUGUUCUCGUAUCGUUGAUUAGUUCGAGAGGGCUCAGGCUUCAAGAUGAGGAUGACAUUUCGUGCAUUCAGGAACAAACUAAGCUACAAGCUCUUGCGGCGAAACACGGAGGCGGCAAGAAGAAGAGAGGCAGGUAG